UUGUAACAGGAUUGUGUAGGUGGUAAAGGGACAUGGAACCACUUGUCUUGUCUUGGGCUGGAGGGAAACUUAUUUUGAAUUAUCAGAGACUGUUACAGACGAUUGCUGUACUCGAGGCUCAGCGCACUCAAGCAGUUCAAGACCUUGAAAAUUUAGGCAGACACCAGAGAGAAGCACUGAAGAAUCCCAUUGGAUUUGUGGAAAGACUCCAAAAGAAGGUUGAUAUGGGGCUUCCAUAUCCUCAAAGGGUUGUUCAGCUACCUGAGAUUGCCUGGGACCAAUACACCACCAGCCUUGGAAACUUUGAGAGAGAAUUCAAAAACCGAAAACGUAAUAGUAGGAGAGUGAAGCUGAUUUUUGAUAAAGUAGGUUUACCUGCAAGACCAAAAAGUCCUUUGGAUCCUAAGAAGGAUGGAGAGUCUGUUUCAUACUCUGUAUUGCCUUUAAGCGAUGGUCCAGAAGGUUCAACUAGCAGUCGCCCACAGCAGAUGAUAAGAGGGCGACUUUGCGAUGAGACCAAACCCGAAACUUUUAACCAGCUGUGGACUGUAGAAGAACAGAAAAAACUUGAACAGUUACUCUUGAAGUACCCACCAGAGGAAGUAGAAUCCCGACGAUGGCAGAAGAUAGCUGAUGAACUGGGAAAUCGAACAGCAAAACAGGUUGCCAGCAGGGUGCAAAAGUAUUUCAUAAAACUGACUAAAGCUGGCAUUCCAGUACCAGGCAGAACUCCAAACUUAUAUUUGUACUCCAAAAAGUCAUCAAGCAGGCGGCAGCAUCCUUUAAAUAAGCAUCUUUUCAAACCUUCAACUUUCAUGACCUCCCAUGAACCUCCAGUUUAUAUGGAUGAGGAUGAUGACCGAUCAAGUUUUCACAGCCAUAUGGAUGCUGCAACAGAGGAGGAAAUAUCGGAUGAGGAGAGCAUCCCACUAACAUAUAGAGAGUUACCGGAAUACAAAGAACUGCUAGAAUUAAAAAAAUUAAAAAAACAUAAACUCCAACAGAUGCAUGCAGAAAGUGGAUUUGUGCAGCAUGUAGGCUUUAAGUGUGAUAACUGCGGCAUUGAACCUAUUCAAGGUGUUCGAUGGCACUGCCAGGAUUGCCCUCAAGAAAUGUCCUUGGAUUUCUGUGAUUCUUGUUCAGACUGUCUACAUGAAACAGAGAUUCACAAAGAAGAUCACCAGUUAGAACCUAUUUACAGAGCUGAGACAUUUUUAGACAGAGACUACUGCAUGUCGCAAGGAACAAGUUACAAUUACCUUGACCCAAACUACUUUCCAGCAAAUAGAUGACAUGGGAAGCAGACUUACAAUGUGGGGCUUACUAUCUUUGAAAAAUAACAAUGGCGCCAUUGUUAAUUCCGUGCACAUUUUGGAAAGACUCUGCUUUCCCUGAAAUGUCACUCACAGCAUGACAGCUUCCUGGGUGUACUUGUCAAACUACAGCUUUGAACUGUCAUGGUUCUAGAUCACUGAACAGCAGCUGAACAUUCCUAGUGUGCAGAAGGUUUCAUUGGGAGACUUUCGUUUCACCACAUUAGUUAUUUUUAGGUGGUGAAUCUAAACAAAAAAUAAAUACAAAAAGGUGAGCCAGAAAUGAGAGCACACAUUAAAGCGAGAGUAAAUUCCAAAGGCUUUGAAGAACUUGGUUAUAAUGAGAUCCAGAGAAGAUGAAGUAUUUAUAUAAAAUCAGUUUAGUAGCUUGCAGUUUUGUUGUGAAAUAGUUUUCGGCACAGAAACUGACUAUGUUAGGCAAGGUUUUAACCAAUGACAGUGUUUGCUUGUAGGAUAUACUCUAAAAAAAAAUACUCACUGUCCCAGUGAUGGUUGGUUACAGGCCUUCAUUAAAUUGGAGCUGCUUAAUCACAUUGACUUUUUUUUUUUUUUUUUAACCACAAUGAACUCUAUUUACCAACAGUGAAGCACUACAGGAGGCAACUCUGGCAUUGCUUCCUUAACCAGCUCAUGGUGUGUGAAUGUUAUAAAAUUGUCACUCAGAUAUAUUUUUUAAAUGUAAUGUUAUAUAAGAUGAUCAUGUGAUGUGUACAAAAUAUGGUGAAAGUGCCAGUGGUAGUAACUGUGUAAAGUCUCUAAUACUCAACAUUAACUCCUUUAAAAUAAAAUACACAGCCUUCUGCCUCUGUAUUUGGAGUUGUUAGUGCAACUCAUCAAAGAAAACUGCCUACUAUAAAUCAUAUAUAUGGUAAUUUUCCUCUUUUGUAGUCUGCACAAGAUCCAUGAAAGAUUGUAUUUUUAUUACUAUUUAAACAAGUGAUUAAAUUUAGCCUGAGCAGUGAGCAAGGGUUCACAUGCAUUCUUUUAUACUGCUGGAUUUUGUUGUGCAUCAUUUAAAACAUUUUGUAUGUUUCUUCUUAUCUGUGUAUACAGUAUGUUCUUAAAUAAUGUUCAAUUGUCAGGAGAACUGUGAGAAAUAAAAUAUGUGGAUACAGUCUGUUUAUA